AUGACUAGCCCUGAUCAAAUUGCAGCUCAAAUCUUGAGCACCAAAUCUCUUUCGGUAGCUCCAACCUGGCUCAACAAUUUCCUAUCAUCCUCCGGCACAGCACAGCGCAACAUUCCUCCCUCCGCUCUUGCAAAGACAGCAAUUUUCCGUCUCCUCGCCUCCGAUAUCAAAGAAUCGCUUUCCAAACACAGAUCAUGCGUUCUACCGGUCGAUACAUACGACCCAAACGUCCAAGAACGCCGAUUACAAGGCUCAAUCCCAGUCCAAGUGCUAGACAUUGAAGAUAUCGGAACAAGUCUGUGGAGCCAAAUCGAAGCUAUUGAACGCGUUGAGCGCGGCGAAGCUAUUCGAGGACGUGAAAUUGUUCGCACAAUCGCUGUUGGCGAGGAUUCCGAAGCCACAGAGAAUGGUCAUGCGAACAGCGGCCCUGCUGCGAAUGCUUCUGGGAGCAGUGGAUAUGGGCCACAUCGUUUGAUUCUUCAAGAUGCAGCAGGUACUGUUACCGUGGGCGUUGAGUUGCAACGUAUUGAGGGAAUCAAUCUGGAAAAACUUGCGAUUGGCGCGAAGCUUUUGCUUUGCAAUCCCACUGUUGCGAGGGGUAUGGUGCUUCUUUCACCUAGUAGUGUUACAGUGCUUGGGGGAAAGAUAGAAGCUUGGGAUACACCAUGGCGGCAAGGUAGAAAGGCUCGUUUGCUGGAGAAAACCGCAAGUCUGGACGGGGAGUAA